CCCUCUCGGAUUUUCCGGAUGUUUGAAAACCCGGUAGCCCAGGAGCAGGAGGCCGGAGGCAGGAGCUGAUCCGCGGAGGAAUGCGAGAGCCUCCCGGGCCCGAGCGGUGAGCAGGGUCUGCGAGCCGGGCGACGCCGGAGCGCGGCCGGCGCCGGUCCAGGAACUCUGGUUCCCGGGCGAGCCGCUUCUCGUCCGGAGCGUCGCUCCAGUGGAAAGUCUUGCGCUGCGAGGGCUGGUUUCUGGAGUCACUGGACUUUUAAUCUGGGAGUGGGAAGAGGGAGGACCCCCACCCCCCACCCCGGCCACACUCCGGGGCCGCUGAGAAGCAGGAAGAAAGGGGUGGCCAGGACAGGCUGGUGCGCCGUUGCUGUUGGAGGCUCCAUCACCCUCCAGGGACCACCCUGGGUUGUGGCAGGCAGCCCCCCUCCCCCAUUUCUACAGCCCGGCCCAGCCAUGGCCCUGAAAGGCCGAGCGCUCUAUGACUUCCGCAGCGAGAACAAGGAGGAGAUCAGCAUUCAGCAGAACGAGGACCUGGUCAUCUUCAGCGAGGUCUCACUGGACGGCUGGCUGCAGGGUCAGAAUAGCCGCGGGGAGACCGGGCUCUUCCCGGCCUCCUACGUGGAGAUCCUCGGACCCACCACAGCUGGGCCCAACGAUGCCCACUCCUCAGGCAGCCCCUCGGACUCCCCGGGCACGCAGGUGAGCCUGUACGCCAGCUCCAGUGUGGCCUGCGCAGUCAGGAGUGGCGAGGGCAGUGGCUCCCUCUCCCACCCGGGCAGCUUCGAGGAGGAUGAUGAUGACGACUGGGAUGAUUGGGACGAUGGCUCCACGGUGGUGGACGAGCCGCAGGCCUGUGCACUGGGCACCAACGGGCACCCCCCGCUCAACCUCUCCUACCCAGGCGCCUACCCCAGCCAGCACAUGGCCUUCCGGCCCAAGCCCCCCCUGGAGCGGCAGGAUAGCCUGGCAUUGGCCAAGCGAGGCAGCGUGAUGGGGCGCAACCUCAACCGUUUCUCCUGCUUCGUCCGCUCUGGCGUGGAGGCCUUUAUCCUGGGCGACGUCCCCAUGAUGACCAAGGUCAUUGAGACAUAUGCCAUUGAAAUGGGGCCUCUUGGCCCCCAGUGGAAGGCCAACCCCCACCCCUUUGCCUGCACGGUGGAGGACCCCACCAAACAGACCAAAUUCAAGGGCAUCAAAAGCUACAUCUCCUACAAGCUCACCCCCAGCCACGCAGGCUCCCCUGUCUACCGGCGCUACAAACACUUCGAUUGGCUCUACAACCGCCUGCUGCACAAGUUCACGGUCAUCUCGGUGCCCCACCUGCCUGAGAAGCAGGCCACUGGCCGCUUUGAGGAGGACUUCAUCGAGAAGCGGAAGCGGCGGCUCAUCCUCUGGAUGGACCACAUGACCAGCCACCCGGUGCUCUCCCAGUACGAGGGCUUCCAGCAUUUCCUCAGCUGCCUGGACAACAGGCAGUGGAAGAUGGGCAAGCGCCGGGCGGAGAGGGACGAGAUGGUGGGAGCCAGCUUCCUGCUGACCUUCCAGAUCCCCACGGAGCACCAGGACCUACAGGACGUGGAGGACCGUGUGGACACCUUCAAGGCCUUCAGCAAGAAGAUGGACGACAGUGUCCUGCAGCUCAGCACCGUGGCGUCUGAGCUGGUGCGGAAGCAUGUGGGGGGCUUCCGCAAGGAAUUCCAGAAGCUGGGCAGCGCCUUCCUGGCCAUCAGCCACUCCUUCCGGAUGGACCCUCCCUUCGGCUCCGAGGCCCUCAACAGCGCCAUCUCUCACACGGGCCGGACCUACGAGGCCGUCGGCGAGAUGUUCGCCGAGCAGCCCAAGAACGACCUCUUUCAGAUGCUGGACAUGCUCUCUCUCUACCAGGGCCUCCUCUCCAACUUCCCGGACAUCAUCCACCUGCAGAAAGGCGCCUUCGCCAAGGUGAAGGAGAGCCAGCGCAUGAGCGACGAGGGCCGCCUGGCGCAGGAGGAGACCGACGGCGUCCGUAGGCGCUGCCGCGUGGUGGGCUUCGCCCUGCAGGCGGAGAUGAACCACUUCCACCAGCGCCGUGAGCUGGACUUCAAGCACAUGAUGCAAAACUACCUGCGUCAGCAGAUCCUCUUCUACCAGAGGGUGGGCCAGCAGCUGGAGAGGACGCUGCGCAUGUAUGACCACCUCUGACCCCGGGCCGCUGGCCCCACCCGCCCUGGGCCUGGUCGCCACAGCAGCCUGCUCGCCUGACCUCUCUGCACCAGCAGUGUCUGGGCAGCUGGGGUGGGCCAGGUUGGCAGCCUGCCCCUCCGCCCCAGAAUGGGCUUUGGAGGAGUUGUGGGCACUUCCGGGGGACCCCCUUGGGUCUCAGAGGUGGAGGCACAGCAGGGGUGGGAAGGGGACCAGGAAGCCUCCAGGUCAAGACCUGGCUGCUGGCCAGUCACUUCGGGCCAGGGCCUCUGGUCAAGCGCAUGGUGCCUAUACCCAGCCCUGCCCAUUAGUCAUCCCAUGGACAUCCUUUUAGGAGGGCCAGACACAGGAAUGAGGCAGGUGACCGAGGAGAAGGCAGGGGCUCCUGGAAGCUUCAAGGAGAGGCAGGCUACAGCGUGUAGCUGUCAGGGUAGACACAGACACCCCCACCCCACCCCCGCCCCCAGAGUCCAUAACAUUGGAGCAGGGUCUUGAAGAACCACAAGGAAAUGGGCAGAAGGACAUUUGAGGAAGAGGAACAGCUUGGGCAAGGGAUGGAGGCUGCAAAGCAUCGCCCACUUUGCCCCCUAACCUUGCUUUUCCCAAACAAGUCUGGAGCCUUCCCAGUGGGGGUUCCAGCCAGGCGUGGUAGAGGGAGGUAUCUUCUUUGCUCACCGUGCCUCCCUCCCUUGUUCCCCUGAGCCAUCCCCGUGACCCCUCCCAACGGGGGUCUGUGCAGCCCUGGAAUACCGCCUCACACUUCAGAGCAGGCUCUGGCCUCUGGGGGCACUCAGGGGCCUCAGCCCCUGCCCCAUCUUCUCUGGCUGCUUGUUCCACAGUGAGGCACCUAAGGGGGGCGCUGGGAACAAAUUCUGCCUGCCCACUCUCUCUCCCCAAGGCUCCUGGGCCCACCUGCUCACAACCCACUGGGCUGCGACAUGCCCCUCUGCUCCCAGGGUCAGGCUGCCCGGUCUCCUCCAACCCAUGUUUACAUCCUCAGGGGUUGCUGCCUCCCCCACACCCGAGGCCAAGCUGUGGUCAGCAGCAAGAUGGGGGUGGGGAGAUGCCCCCCAGGAGGUAGUGGCCGGCUCCUGGCUGCCGCUGCUUGAAUCUUUUUUUUUUUUUUUCUUGAUAAACCUUUUACAAUUAAAAUGACAACGUCAUGA